AUGAGACAGUUUGCGUUGCGAUCGCAUUCAGCGCCAAUCACUUAUAUUCUACCGGUAUUAUCAUCAUCAUUAACGCGGUUUGUUUAUACAGCGGAUCAACAGGGCUACGUGAUAAAAUGGAAUUUGCAAGUAAAGAGACCCGAUCUCCAAUGGCAAGCCCACACCGACUCGAUACUCACAAUUCUUGAAUGGGACCAGUAUAUUAUCACUCAUUCACGAGAUUCAACUAUACGAAUCUGGCUAGAUGAUGAAAAAUGCUACGAGGUACCUGUUAAUGCGCUCAAUUUCUCCAAUAUUGUUAUGUUCAACAACCGUUAUUUGAUUACACCGGCGACUUUGGAUUCAAACAACAUGGAUGUUUAUGAACUCACAAAAGAUCCAAUUGCCAUUACUCGAGUCCUUGCGAAUUUUGGCGCCUACAAAUUGGUCAAUACCACUGGGCUCCACUAUCGAGCGAAGCGAGAUAGUGAAGCAACCCUGACUACAGACGAUGAUGCAGAUGUAAACGUCAAAGGGAGAAAAGACUUUGGUAUUAUUAUGAAGAUGUUGCUAAUCAACAAGACAGUUUAUAUUGGCUUCGAAUCAGGUGAUAUUAUAGGUUUAAUUAUGGAGUUUUCCGAGACUUUAGGCGCCAGAUUCACACUCGCUUAUCACAAUACUACUCAUUGUCCCAACCCAGUAAUAUCACUUGCAAACGUUGAAGAUACCUUGAUUUCAGGCUCAACAAGCAACAAGUUGGUCUACCAUCAUAAACCAGUUAAAAUUGUGCCAUAUCCUCAACUGGGCAUACAAGCAAUCAUACCCUAUAAUGAUGAUCUUAUUAUUGGCUUCUGGGAUGGUUCUAUAGAGUACAAGGGACAAAUAAUUCAAAGAGACCUACCGCACCUCAGAGCCGAUGAUGAUGAUAAUACAAAGACUGUAUUGAAGUUGACUUUUAUGUCGUUAUUACCAGUCACUACAUCAAAGAGUGAAAAUCAACUAGCUCGUGGGAAAUACGCCAUGAUGAUUAAGAAGAGUAUAGAGACUGAUUUACUUUUGGCCGGAUAUGAAGAUGGUACUAUACUCGCUUUUAGUAUCACUUAG